AUGGCGACCGACCGGCUGCGUCGCCGACUGCGAGAUGUCGACCCGAAAGAGCUCUCCACGCUCUCGGACAACUUUUGCAUCAUCGGCACCCCCCUGCCGGACCUCCUGGCCAAGAAGGAUGCGAACGAGCUCAAGCCCAUCUGGCAGCAGGAGGCUCGCGAUGCCCAAGGAAGGCGUCGCUUCCACGGCGCCUUUACCGGUGGCUUCUCUGCGGGCUACUUCAACACCGUAGGGUCGGAGGCUGGCUGGACCCCGUCAUCGUUCCGCUCUUCGCGCAAGGACAAACAUGCGGGCAGUCAAGCAGCGGCUUCAAUCCCUUCUCGUCCAGAAGAUUUCAUGGACGAAGAAGAUCUGCAGGACCGCAAAGCUGCACAGACCAUCACCACGAAUCAAGGCUUCGGACUUCAGGCAAACUCGGACGGCUUGAUCGCAGGCCUCCGCGCCACCGACUCUACAGGCAGCUUCGCGUCAGACCCGCUGCUCAGCAGCCUUGGAAUCGGCAGCAAUGAGAGCUUGGGCUCCAAGCUGCUCCGACGAAUGGGAUGGAAGGACGGUCAAGGCCUCGGACCCAGGGUAGAUGCCCAGAAGAAGGCACGCCUCGAAAACCUGGUUUCGACAGUGCCGGCAUCGUCAAUUGCGACAUCAUCGGCAGUGACGCUCGAGGACUUGAAACAUCUUUAUGCCCCUCCACCAACACCCAUGCUUUCGCCGGCGGCCAGUCGCAGCGGCCGCAGCGGUCUCGGGUACGAGGACAAGCCGAGCUUGAACCGGGCUCUUGGCGCUAAGGCUGGCGUGUCGACCAACGAAGAGAACCGCUCGAUUGGAAAGUCACGAGAGGAAGUCUGGCCCGAUGGCCGGAAUGUGCUGGCUGGCUUCCGGCUGGCCUCGCAAGCUGUGCCUCCUGCACCGGUAUUUGCAGCGUUGCACGUACCGCCAGACUGGCAACCUGAUCCUAGCCGAGUCUGGCACCGCUUCACCGCUGCGGAUGCAAAAGCCCCGACCGGCGCUGCUGCGACAACGGCGUCGGCUGCGAGCCGAGGCCAGCUGCUGGGCGAGGCCAAGAUGCCAGGACCUCCUCCGAACGUUGCCGCUUUCCUCUCCGCAAAAGCGCGCGAGCGGCUUGCACUCGAUCCCAGCGUGUCGCUUCCUUCUGGCGCAGUUGCUUCUUUCACCGCGGCACCUGCCGCUCCAGAACAAGUUCAAGUGCCUCGACUCGAUGUGGCGACUGCAAAGCUGGCCUUACAAGGGUUUGCGCCUUUUGGCACGGACCCCGAGAAACAAGAGCGCUAUCUGUCCUUCCUCCGGAGUCAGCUGGAAGCGUCGUCGGAGCAGGCUUGUCGGCUUGCUGUGCCCGCGCACAUGACGGCGGAGCAGUUUUCCAACGAGCUGCGCGACUUUGCUAAGAGCGCGGCGGUCUUUAGGCCGAUGAGCUCGGCGAUCGCGAGCCGAUUCACCACCGCCAGUGCAGCGGUGAUGGCGCACGAGACCAAAGCGACCACCGCCACGCCGGGUCUGCGACACCCUGCACCUGCGGCUGCGGCAGAUCCCUCCGCGGAAGACAAGCCAGAGGAGCGCGAAGAAGAGGAGCUGUCGGUUGCGCAGAAGGCGGCGAGGAUGGGCAACUUUGGCCAUCUCACGCGCAGUGUCGAAGCUUGGGCUCCGGCACGGCUGCUGUGUAAGCGGUUUGGCGUGCCCGAGCCUGCAACUACGCGCAAGAGACGCAGCGACGAGGAAGCGGGCUCAUCGAGCAAAGCAGCUAGACUCGGCGAUGAAGAGGUGGACCCGUUCUACGGCUCGACGCCGUCGUCCAAGGCGAGGUCGGGGCUGCGUGCGGAUCAGCACUGGGAACGCAGCAAGGAGCAGCUCAAAGCUCUCGCCGCCGUUCCGACUCCGCUUUCGAUCGACGCGAUGAGCGCGGCUGGCUCGGCCCAAGAGGACAACAUGGCUGAUGCAGACGCAACCGAGCAGAUCGGUAUGGGCGAAGACGAACGCCAGGGCCGAGACACCCUCACCUACGUCAAGCCAUCCAUGGAUGUGUAUAAAGCCAUCUUUGAGUCGGACGAAGAGCAGGAUGCAGAAGAGUCCAAGCCCACUCGCAGCGCUGCCGUACCAAAGAUGCAGGACCCAGCUUCUGGAUCCGGCGUCGUGUUCCAGGCUAGGGCCAAGAACAGAGCUCAGGAUGCCCACGAUAAGGGGAACCCCCCGCCCAUCAAGCGCAAAAAGUCAAAGGCGCCAAAAAAGUCGCUGCUUACUUUUGACCUCGAUGACGGAGACGCCGAAGGAGGCGAUCAGCAAAGGACCGAGUCGACCGCAGGUAAAGCCAGGCUCAAAGGUCGCACACGCGCUGCAGACUUGUUUGAAUAG